AGGAGGAGAGACGUGUAAGGCCGGCUUACGAUUCUCAGGAGAACCUUCUUGGAAUACCUCAGACAACAAACUCCCCUCAAAAAUCCAAGCCCCUUGCUUAGGACUCCUAUCACCAUGUAGGAAGCGGCCCAUUCUUUUUAUUUAUUUAUUUAUUUAUUAUUAUUAUUUACAUUUAUAUCCCACUCUCCCUCCAAGGAGCCCAGAGCGGUGUACUACAUACUUGAGUUUCUCCUCACAACAACCCUGUGAAGUAGGUUAGGCUGAGAGAGAAGCGACUGGCCCAGAGUCACCCAUGGCUGAAUGGGAUUUGAACUUGGGUCUCCCCGGUCCUAGUCCAGCACUCUAACCACUACACCACGCUGGCUCUCUUUUAAACCGGCCCCUUACUUCAGAGCAUGGCUGGCAACAGAGGUCCCCAAGCCAUUUUUCUGUCAGAGACUGCCCCUCCAUAGGCACACACACCUCCACCCUGAAAACUGCCUUAGCUUCACCCAGAGACCAUGAGGAGGAUGCGAAUGAGCAUUUAUAAAGCACCUCAGAGUGUUCAAAGUGCUUCAACACGUAUUGUUCCCACAAAAGAUGACAGUACCCCAUAUUGCCGGGGGGGGGGUAGAGGUUGAGAGCAAUGGCUUCCCUGAGGCACCAAGUGAGAAAAUGGAAGAGCCCAUCUGGGACUUCCUCAACACCUUAUCUCUACACUGCCAGACUCUUCCCAUAAUCCUCAGAUAUGGGGAAUGGACAGUAGGAGAGUUCAUUUCUUCUUGCAACACAGUGAGCCCCAGGGAAAUAUCCAAAUUCAAGGGGGCAGGGGAAACACAGAACCAAUCUUCCUUCUGAAAUACACAGACCGCCCCAGCUUCCUGGUUGACCUCUCUGAAUUCCUGGGCAUAUUUACACUACAAGCAGAUCUCAUCUUAUAUUUCACUUCAGCUCUAAUGACUUCCUCCAAAGGAGGGACUUCCUCCAAGGACCGCGCAGCAUCUCGGGGCUCCCCAACCAUGUUCAACCAGCAGCAGUUCCAGCAGCAGUUGCUGCAGCACCUCCUCCAGCACCAGACGCAGCAGCAGCAGCCGCCGCCGCCAGUAAGCCGGGGCGUGACACCAUCUCAGCAGCAGCAGAUGCUGAACUUGCGGGCCACCAAUCAAGCAUCACUCCUCAGCGCCAACCCCAUGCUUCAGCGAGCUCUCCUCAUGCAGCAGGUGCAAGGUAACCUGAGAGGCUUCAACCUAGCGGCGGCCCCUAUGCUGCAGCAGUUCUUCCCUCAGGCCACGAGGCAUUCCCUUCUGGGUCCCCCUCCUGUGGGGGUCUCCUUGAAGCCCACCCGCCUGGCUUUCCCGGGGCUUCCGUUUCAGCGGCAGAAUCGGACCUUCCGCACGGACUUCCCAAGAGUGCCUGAGAGGAAGCGGGAGGCAGAUUCUGCAUUGUUGUCGUCGUCGUCAUCUCAAGGCCAAGGAGCCGAUGAGAGUGUGCCUGGCUUGGAGGUGUCUGUUGGUCAAGCAGGGUCUGAGCAGCCUAGCUCUUCACCUUCAAACACACAAACGCAGCCUUCUCCAGACGGUGAGCCCGCCAUCAAGCGGCUAAGGAGUGGAGAUGAAGACUCCGUCCCUGACGACACUGCAUGCCUUGAACAAACGGAGGAGUCGCACACACAACCCCACCGGGAAGAAACAGACCAUGGGAGAGAGGACUUGGCUGACGAUAUUUCCAAGGAGCAGAACUUCUCUGAGGAGCCAAAGCCUUCAGAGGUGGUUAGCUCUGCGGGCUCCCUGAAAGUAACAAUCCAGCAGAGCAGCGAGAGCCGGGCCAUCAGCACCACGGCCCUGAAGCCGGCCCACUGGACCUCCGAGAUGGGCACGGCUGAGACCAGCCCUGAGUCCGCCCUGAAAUUCUACUGUUACAUUUGCAAGACUAACUGCUGUAACCAACAGAACUUCCAGGCUCACAUGGCAGGAGUUGAACACCAGCAGCGGCUCCAGGAGAUCCAGCACAGGAGCAACAUCUGCUUUGUCUCGUUGCUGCCCAUGGUGAAGGAACAGAAGCCCCUGGCGGAGAAAGACGGAGACAGCCAGCAGCGAUGGUGUAACACCUGCCAGAUACAUUUCACAGGUGAUCUGAUAAAGCAUCGGCGGACUCAGGAACAUAAGCUGGCCAAACGCUCCCUCCGCCCCUUUUGCACUGUGUGUAGCCGCCACUUCAAGACCCCGCGCAAGUUUGUGGAGCACAUGAAGUCCCUGGAGCACAAGCAGAAGGCCAAGGAGGUGAGGUUGGGCGAGAAGGAGCAAGGUGGCCCAGAGGACUCUGAGGAGCUUAUCACGGUUGACGCUGUUGGGUGUUUUGAAGAUGAUGAGGAGGAAGAGGAGGAAGAAGACGACGACGAAGUUGGAGAGGAGGAAGACUCUGAGGUUGCGUUCAAGGAGGCUUCCUUGGAAGAAGUGGAAGGAAAUGAGAAAUACUGUCCAGAUACCAUCUACGGCCCGGAUUUUCUGGUCCCCGUGGCAGGCUUCCUCUGCAGAUUGUGUCACAAAUUCUACCAUAGCGACUCCGCGACCCGAUUCGCGCACUGCAAGUCCCUGAUGCAUUUUGAGAACUUUCAGAGGUACAAAGCCGCAAGGUUCCAGGCUGCCGCUGCACUUGCAGAGGCCUCGUGUCCACAGCAGGAGCUGCGUGAGCUGCAAAAUCCUCCCGCUGCCAAGACGGAGGAUAAAACCACAAUAGCCGGCGCAGGAGAAGCAGCAGUGAUGUUAAUAGAGGCUUGUCGGUCUCCCAAAGCGGAGGAUGUCUCUCUGGCCCAGGCUGGCAACCAAGCAGCUGUUGAAACUGAUGAUAUAUGCGGCGCCCUGGUUGUCGAGGAUGGAGAGGGGAAAAACAGCUUCUCCACGCUUGAGGAUGGCUCCUUGCAUAAAGAUGCUGCUGCGAUGGAAGAGGAGUUCAGACUGUGCACACGGAAAGAGGAGGCCGCCAGUGAAACCAAGCAAGAAGGGAUCACAGGCAGAGUCUCAGCGGAUGAAGAAGAGCCUGGGGCAGAGGCCCUGGACAGUCAAGGCCUGGAAAAAGAGGCAGAGUUUCCCUCCCUGCCCAAAGGAGAAGCCUCUCCUGGCCACAGGCGGUCAACUAGGCGUCGGGUUAGAUGAGCUACACCCUGUUUGUGAAAGUUCUAGGGAAAGGUCACUUCCACCCCCUUCUACUUGUUAGAGAUAAAGGUAUGCUAGGAUUUUGCUGUUUUGAUUCUUUUAAAAAAAAUUAAAAUGGGGGGGAAAUCCCCUGGCUUUCAUGUGUUAUA